AUGCUCGAUCAUAUGGAUCAUGAACCGCGACAUGCCGGUAACAAACGCAAACGAGUAUCGAAGGCCUGCGAUCGAUGUCGAGGCAAGAAGUAUCGUUGUGACGGACUACGCCCCGCCUGUCUGGCAUGUCGAGAAUGCGGCCAUGAUUGCUCCUUCGACCCCAGCCCCAAGAAAAGGGGUCUUCCAGAGGGUUACGUCCGUGGCCUGGAAAAGCUUUGGGCCUUAUCAAUGUCCAAUAUUGAAGGCCUGGAGGGGGCAGUACUUGAAAUGUUGGGAUUCAAAGAAGGAGAAUCCCCUCGGAGAAAAAAGCUUGUCGCAUUAUGGAACAAUGAAGGGGCGUCAGAGAGCUUACACGGGACAUGGAAAUCGAGUGAAUUGUAUGCGAAUGUUGAGGAAUUAUUGUCGAGCCCAGGAUCAGCCACUUUUGGAUCAUCAUGUUCUGAAGAAGAUGGGGGAGGUAUCGAACUUGGAGAUUCGGUAUCUAACAUUGUUUCCGAUCCUCAACUUGUCGACUUCUCGGACUCCGGAAUUGGUGAAUUCUCUCCAUGGGCUUUGACUCGAAGUCGAUACACGUCGCCCUUGUCCCCUGGCACGGACGAGAAAAGAAUUCACCUUUCUUGUAUGAGCCAGGCUGCAAAAAGUGACGCUCGCAUGGAACUUCCUACCCAAACAUCUCACCUGCUCAAUAUGUACUCUGCAUAUACGCACAGCUGGUUUCCGAUUCUAGCAAAACAUGUGGUUCUCAAAGCCUCCUACCAAUACUCAAGCCCGUCUUUCCAAAUGGAAAGAAAUCUCACUGGAUCAGGAAAUCAUGCUGUUCUUUGGGCAAUUAUAAGUUAUACUGCUACCCAGAUUCCGUCGGGAGCUGAUUCCAAUUCCAUGGGCCUGACGAAAAACCCCCAGAAGGAAGCAAAAGAGUUCUAUGCAGUUGCGAGAAGCCUGAUACCGGAUGAGAAAGGGAAGUUUGAAAUUGGUCAUGUUCAGGCUAUCCUACUAUUAACGCUUGUAAAUAUUGGAUUCGGAGAUUGGACAGCUGCAUGGGACCUUUGUGGACAGGCGGCAAGCAUUUUCGAUUUGGGUCUUGGAGCUCGAUCAAAAGAAACACAGCGCCCUAGCCACACCAAACAUGAAGAAACAUUUCUUGGAUGUUUUCUCCUCGACACUCUGUUAUCUGCUCGGCUCUCUAGGUGUCCACGCUUGCGAUCUCAUAGCAUACAGGGUGUCGAUUUAUUGGAAGAAGACGGACUGGAAGAGUGGAGCCCUUGGGUGGAUGUCUUCCUUCUCUGCAAGCUUCAUGGAGGAAAUCCUUGCCCUCGUGGACCGCUCCGGUCUUGCAGUACUUUUAACCGGCUAAUAGAGCUUUCGAAACUCUCAUAUGCUCUACGAUAG